AUGGUACCAGCUCUGUUCAAAAAGAAGCUAACUGGGCCCCGGGCCUGCCCUCGGCUGGUCUACCCUGUGUAUCAGCACCUGGGCCUGGUGGUGAAGAAGGUGAAGUCCAUGCAGAUGUUCCACAUACCCAUCUCCUCAGCCAUGCAGGGAGACCGGCUGGGCAUCUGUGUCACCCAGUUUGACCCCAAGCUGCUGGAGCGUGGGCUGGUGUGUGCCCCUGAGUCCCUGCACACUGUCCAUGCAGCCCUCAUCUCCGUGGAAAAGAUCCCGUAUUUCCGGGGGCCCCUGCAGACCAAAGCCAAGUUCCACAUCACAGUGGGCCAUGAGACAGUCAUGGGCCGAUUGAUGUUCUUCAGCCCUGACCCUGAUAGCUUUGACCACGAGCCUGUCUUGGACUCCUUCGACUUCUCUCGAGAGUACCUCUUCCAGGAGCAGUACCUGUGCAAGGACUUGGUGCCAGCAGGGACAGACAGUGAUGAGGCUGACAAGGCAGGCCAGGCUACAGAGGGACACUGUCCUCGGCAGCAGUGGGCCCUUGUGGAGUUUGAGAGGCCUGUCACCUGCCCUCAGCUGUGCCUGGUGAUCGGCUCCAGGUUGGAUGCAGACAUCCACACCAACACAUGCCGGCUGGCCUUCCACGGCAUCCUGCUCCAUGGCCUGGAGGAUAGGAACUACGCCGAGAGCUUCCUGCCCACCCUGAAGGUGUACAAGCUGAAGCAUAGGCGCGGCCUUGUGGAGCGGGCAAUGGAUGACUACAGCGUGAUUGGCCGCUCCCUGUUCAAAAAGGAGACCAACAUCCAGCUCUUCGUGGGGCUUAAGGUGCACCUGUCCACUGGGGAGCUGGGAGUCAUUGACAGUGCCUUCGGCCAGAGUGGCAAGUUCAAGAUCCACAUCCCCGGGACUGGGGCCAACAACACCCGUCUCUGGGCUCCAGAGAACACGCAGAGGCAUGAGCAGGCAGGCCAGCGUCCUGACCUCAGUCCCCGAGGACAUGAUCAUGCCUGCCCCUGCCCAGACUGGCGUGAGCUUUCUGGAAUGGAUUCCGAGAUUCCUCCCGCUGACCGAAGGCCCCUAGGGGCAGUCCCCAGCAGGAGCACCCCCAAGCACUCAUCCUUCCCUCAACAGCUCUGGGCCCUGCAGGUCCAG